AUGGCCAAGUCGCACCUGCUGCUCUGGCUGCUGCUGCUGUCCACGCUCUGUGGCCCAGGUGCUGCUGUCGGGACCACCCUGCCCCUGGCCUGUGCCCAGGGCCCUGUGUUUUGGUGCCAAAGCCUGGAGCAAGCACUGCAGUGCAGAAAACUAGGGCACUGCCUGCAGGAGGUCUGGGGACAUGCGGGAGUCGAUGACCUGUGCCAGGAAUGUGAGGACAUCACCGAAAUCCUCACCAAGAUGACCAAGGAGGCCAUUUUCCAGAACAUGACGCAGAAGUUCCUGGAGCAUGAAUGUGACCUCCUCCCCUUGAAGCUGCUGGUGCCCCAGUGCCGCCAUGUACUCGACCUCUACUUCCCACUGGUCAUCGACUACUUCCAGAGCCAGAUCAACCCCAGGGCUAUCUGCAAGUACCUCGGCCUCUGCAGAGCUGGGCAUCCUGAGCCAGGGCAGGAGCCAGAGCUGCCGGACCCUCUGCUGGACCAGCUGGUCCUCCCUGUGCUGCCUGAGGCUCUCCAGGCGAGGCCCAGGCCUCAGACACAGGCUCUCUCCGAGCAGCAGUUCCCCAUCCCUCUCCCCUUCUGCUGGCUCUGCAGGACUUUGAUCAAGCGGAUCCAAGCCAUGAUUCCCAAGGGUGUGCUGGCCGGGGCUGUGGCCCAGGUGUGCCACGUGGUACCCCUGGUGGCGGGUGGCAUCUGUCAAUGCCUGGCCCAGCGCUACACUGUCAUCCUGUUGGACAGUCUGAUGGACCACAUGCUGCCCCAGCUGGUCUGUGGCCUUGUCCUCCGGUGCUCCAGCGAGAAUGGCAAUAACCCAGGCCUCACCGCUCUGGGGUCCUUGCCGGGAGAAUGGCUACCGCAAGACUCCCAGUGCCACCUCUGCAUGUUCGUGACCACCCAGGCAGGGAACAGCAGUGAGCAGACUGCACCAGAGGCAAUGCGCCAGGCCUGCCUCGGCUCUUGGAUGGACAGGCAAAAGUGUGAGCAGUUCGUGGAGCAGCACUUACUGCAGCUGCAGAGCCUGAUGACCAGGGGCUGGGAUGCCCGCACCACCUGCCAGGCCCUGGGGGUGUGUGCAACCACGAUCAGUCCUCUCCAGUGUGUCCACAGCCCCCACUUCUAA